GAACCGUGGGUGUUAAUCGCCAUGAUUCAACUCGAGAACAACGAUCAGGAUCAUCGGGUCUGGUGUUAAUGCUGAAUAUUCGGAUGACUUGUGAAAAUGAUUGAGCUCGAUUGAGCUAUCUAUCGGGCUGUUGGCGGUACAAACUGUGAUUGUGGCGUUUUUCGCAACUUCUCCGGACUCAGCCGGGUGCUCGGUCCGGAGAUGUGGAGGAUCGGGUUGACCCCCCGCUAUCGCAAAAGCGGGGCCGGAACCAGAGUGGGACCGGAGCUCGGUGCUGCCCCACACUACGGCCGGACCGAGAUUCUGCCCAUCUUCCCCGCCUGAAUUUUCAGAAAUCCAACACAUGAAGCGAAACCCUUUCCAGGUUGCCUUCAACGCCCCGCCUGAACCUGUUGUCUUCCUGAUAUCUUCCCCGGGUAGUAGCGUCCGAGAUUAUACUAAGGCUAACAUAGCCCUUUGGUCAUGGAGCAACCUGUUAUCGAUGGGCCAAGUGCGCAGACACCAGGGGCCGCGAACCCCGCCCCCGCUCUCCUCCCAGACCGCGAGCGCCAGCCCUCCUUAACGUCGCACACCACCACACACACAAAACCCGUCCAUUCCCUGGUCAUAGAUGCCAACGCUAUCAUCAAAAAUGAACCGACCGUCUCGACCCUGAUCGCACAGGUUGAGGAGCUCUAUACCAUUCCUGCCGUGGUUUCAGAGAUUCGCGACGAGGCGACACGUUCUCGGUUCCAGACAACGCUGUCGCCAUUUCUCAAGCUUCGCAAUCCCCGACCCGAGUCUGUCCAGUUUGUCACAGCCUUUGCGCGGAGAACGGGCGACCUGCAAGUCCUCUCGAGGCCAGAUCUACAGCUCCUCGCCCUGACAUAUGAGUUGGAAAUUGAGAGGAACGGCGGUGAUUGGCGGUUAAGACGAGAGCCAAACCAGAAAGGGCUGAACGGGAAACCGCCCGGAAAGGCAGACGCAGAUGGCAGCGAGCCAUCUCAGGCUGGGGUUGAGGCCGCUGCAGACGUUGGGGAACCGAAAACAACUACUGAAGCAGAUCAGGAGCAGCAAAAUGCUGCUCCUGACGCCGCGGACGAGGCUCGAGACUCCCCUGCGGAGGCGACUAGUGAAUCAGUUACGGAGCAAUUGGGGGACCUUGAUUUGAACAAGCCUGCUGAGGAGGUUGACGCUCCGACGGAAGAAUAUGAAGAGGAUACGACGCCAGAAGAUGAUGACGGCGGUGGGGAAUGGAUAACUCCAAGCAACAUCAAAAAGUAUCGAGCCAAGGAAAAUGCCCUCACGGCACCACAGCCGGUACAGCGGGUGCUCCAGGCGGCCUUGAUCACCUCGGACAUGGCCAUGCGCAAUGUAGCCCUCAGGAUAAACCUCAAUCUUUUGGACACCGGGUUUUCCAGAAUCACCUUUCUAAAGACGUGGGUUUUGAGGUGCCAUGGGUGCUGGAAAGUCUGCAAGGAUACCACGAAGCAAUUCUGCCCCUCCUGCGGACAGGCGACCUUGACACGAGUCUCAUGCAGUACCGACGCUGCAGGCAACUUCAAGCUCCAUCUCAAGAGGAAUUUCCAGUACAACAACAGAGGCAAUGUCUAUAGCAUUCCGAAACCCACCCAUGGUACGGCAAGCGGGAAAGGCGCAAACGUCAAGGGAGGUGGCAAAAAUGGGUGGGGAAGGGAGUUGAUCCUGGCCGAGGACCAAAAGGAGUACACCAAGAAACUGGAAGAAGCCCGCCGGACAAAGCAACGUGAUCUCAUGGAUGGGGACUACCUCCCUAGCAUCCUGACCGGCGCCAGGGGUUCAGGCCCUGGGAAGAUUAAAGUAGGGGCAGGCCGUAACGUCAAUGCCAAGAAGAGGAGGUGAUGAGACACGUUCGAAUUGGACGGCAAAGGUGUCGAGAAUAAUGAAUCAUUAUCCCAAGACGAAUUUUUGAUGCCUGCUUGAAGCACAUAUGUAGCUAUAAAAACACCAAGUCAUAACGCCUUGUU